UGCAAAAUGCGGAGUUUGGAAAAAUGUUCUUAAGAGAAGAUGUUCUCUGGGGUUUCAACUUUGUCUGCUUUCAAGCCUAGUCAACAAGAAGGGAGAUUUAAUACCAAGGCUGUGCCUUUCGGAAUAGGACAUACAGCUGUAUGUCUAUGCGCUGCACUCUUUGAGAAUGUGGGGAGAAUCUUCUGAGUUAAUGACCUAAUAAAAUGUGAUAAGGAGCAGGUGUUCCUGACAUAUCAGCCAGAAGAAAGUCCUAGAAAACAUUUUCAGGAAGAGAGAGUUACAAGUGACGACAUUCUUUGAAAUGUGAUCAGAGAUCUGGUCUAAAGGCCGCAAGGGUUUUACUCCUUUACUUCAGGAGAGCAAGUGUUUGAUUUCAUCACUCAUCAGGACUAUAGUUCAUGCUUGUUAGAAUGCUUCAUGCAAGUAGAAUACUCGUGACAAGUCAAGUAUAAAGAAAAAGAUCUAUUAGUUUGUGGAGUUGUGGGCCACCCUGCAGAUUGAGGAGGGAGUAAAAAAGCAGAAGGUGAUGGCACUUGAAAAUUUAAUCUCCACUGGCUCAUUUCCUCGUGCAGGGAUCAUCCAGAGAGAUGAGACUCCCAUGGAAAAGGAGGUUGUUGGCCACUGCCAAGGAUGUUUCAGCCUUGCUGAUGUCAUGUACUUUUCCAAGAAGGGCUGUGAGGCAGUUGCGGAGGAUGAAGUGACUCGACGGUUCUCCUCUGAGGAGCUGCUGUCCUGGAAUCUCCUCAGCAGAACCAAUGCCAACCUGCACCAUGUCAGCUGGAAACUGGCUGCUGUGUGGGUCACUGGCAUCCUAAUUCGGUAUUGCCUUCUGCUGCCUUUCCGCAUCUGCUUGUCUGUUUUCAGCAUCCUGUUGCUGAUGUUAGCCACUACUGUAGUGGGACGGUUUCCAAAUGGCAGAGUUAAAGGCUGGCUGAGCAACCAGGUCCAGAUGAUAUGUGCCACCUUAGGUGUCCGAUGUCUCAGUGGUCUUGUUAAUUUCCAUAACAGGGAAAACAAACCACAGGAGGGAGGCAUCUGUGUAGCCAACCACACAUCUCCAUUGGAUGUCCUAAUCCUGGCCAGUGAUGGAUGCUAUUCCUUGGUUGGCCAGGUACAUGGAGGGCUUAUGGGACUUAUUCAAAAAUCCUGCAUGCAAACCUCUCAGCAUGUCUUGUUUGAACGCUCGGAAAUGAAAGACCGUCACCUGGUGAGGAAAAAAAUUAGAGAACACAUUGCAGAUAAGGCCAAGUUACCCAUUUUAAUUUUCCCAGAAGGCACCUGCAUUAACAACACAUCAGUAAUGAUGUUUAAGAAGGGAAGCUUUGAGGUAGGAGGAACCAUCCAUCCAGUAGCAAUCAAGUAUGACCCCCGCUUUGGAGAUGCCUUCUGGAACAGCACAAAGCAUUCCAUGAUGACCUAUGCUUUUAAUGUGUUAACCAGCUGGGCUAUUGUCUGCAAUGUGUGGUACCUGCCUCCGAUGGUCAAAGAGGAAGAAGAAGAUGCUGUUCACUUUGCUGACAGAGUCAAGGCUGUCAUUGCUGCUCGGGCAGGAAUGUCUGCACUUCCUUGGGAUGGGGGACUGAAAAGGAAAAAGGCCAAAGAGUCUUUCAAGGAAGAGCAACAGAAAAAAUAUUGCCAGAUAGUAAUAGAAAAUGGAUCUGUGGGAAACGGAAAUGUCUGUUAAAUGCUAUUUAUUUUAUCUCAUUUUUCCAUGACUUAUCUCUACCAGAAAAUAGACUGUCUUUAUAUUAAACCCAACAUGUUUUCCUUCUGUUCCCGUAAGAUAUUUUGCAUGUGACACAGCAGGCAAACAAUAAAGAAAUUUCCUUAUUUAAAGCAAAGUACUGUAAUUUUAUAAAUAGGAAAACAUAAAAUAUGCUAAUAAAGUUCUCCCUGAUGCUGAGAAGAAUCUACAGUAAAAUUAAUUAUGUUCAUUAAAAUUCAACUUUAAAAUAUUUGCAAUACCUUGAGGACUUAAAUGCUUACUUUAAUAAAUCACUUCUGUACUGCUAGACUCUCUCAGCGACUUAGACUAGGAAUACUCCUGUGAGCCACAGUAACCAUGUUGCUCUAGAGAUAGAUCUCCUGGUGUCAGAAGACAUGAAGCAUUUCACUAAAAUAUGUUUUCUGAAUUGCAUGUUGGAGAGGAAGUGUUGCAUGUCAGAGGGAAAAAGCAGAUGCUGACUUUCUCCUCCAUGUCACAAGACCAGGGAUGGCAUUGUAGAAUAUUUUCUGCUAUGACAAAGAGCAGAACAAAGAGCUCCAUUAUUAAGCUUCAAACUUCCUAAUAUCUUGCUAGAUAAACUUUUCUGCAGCUUAGGAAGUUAUCCUAGACAAGCGUUAAUACAUGGACCAUUGUUCUACUCGUCGUUGCUUUUCUACUUUUUAAAUAAUUUUUCUGCUGACCUAUCUCAUGGCUAUUGCUUAGCUCUAAUCACAGUUCUGCUGUCUCUGAGGCCUGCCUUUUGCAGCUUUCCCAAAACCCUCUGAUUUUAUGGAUUCCCACAGAAAGCCACCAGGCAGUAAGGAAAAUUGCUUCACACUCUCCUGAUUUGGAACAGGUCUACUUGCUCCCAACUAUAGUAAGAUGUGCUUCCAUGGCUGUUUAAGCUGUUGAUUUAUUUUCUAGGUAUAAAAAUGUGAAGAAAUGUGAUUGAAAAUCCUGAUUAGUCUCAAAUGUUUUCAGUGUGCCAGAGUUUAAAACUGGGAGAUUGUCUUUCUGUGUGAUUGAUUUCUGAGAGUUGCUAAUAGACUGCAGUAAGAGAAGUGUUGAGACCCUUCUUCCUGCACUACUGUGUGCUUUCUUUGUUCUCAGAGGUAAAAUGGGAGACUAAAUAGGCAAAAAGAGGGGCCAGACACAGGAAAAUAUGGGGAGAUAAAGAACAACUGCUGGAAGAGAAAUUUUCUGCUUCUGUAAGAAAUUAGGAGAUUGAUAUGCCUUUUUUUCCUGUCCUGCAACACUUCUCCAGCUCAUCAAGAGGAGCCUUGGAAAGUGCAAUCCUCAUUAUGGUUAUGACUCCAAGUUAUGUAAAAGUAAAGCUCAGUCCUCUGAAUGUAUGAGUAUUACGUAUCAUUUGUGAGAGGAUGGUGGGAUUGUCAGUAUUCUCUCAGUCAUUUUUUGGCUGUCUUAGCAAAGCAAGCUGAAAACUCUGUGAAGUGGGUACUUACAUAUAGAAAUGGGGAAAUAUAAAACAAGUGAUGAGCCCACGAACUUGUCAGUUACAAGUGGAACAUACUUUGUUACCCGCUGAUAAAAAUGCCAGUCUGUCUUGAAAUAGAGACUACUUUGUCUUUCCCUGCUUUAAAUAAGUGUUUUUGAUUUUUGGUGUUAUUUUCUCUACUUACUUUCCACCUCCUCCUUUCUUUUCUCUUGAAAUGCAAAUGAAAUAAGGAAUGUAUCAGCAGAGGCCUUCACAACUGCUUUUAUCUGAAAUUGUAUAUUGCCCUUUGACUGCCAACGUUAUGGAGGAAUUGAUUAUUAUCCAAAAGGUCUCCACAGAUAAGUGUGUUUUCCUCCUCCACUAGGAGAGCAUGGUGACAGUAAAAUAGAACAUGUUAUGACAACAACACGAGUGGGAAGCUGACAAACAGCUUAUAUUUUACAAUCAAAGAUCUUGCACUUGUGUUACUCCUCUUCUUAUCUUUCACUGGUCUUGCAGGAACCAGGUUUCUAAACUAUUAGAGUGUAGGAAUGUGCCCCCUGUUGACAGAGGGAACAAAUUAUCCUUUGUCUCCUUAAAAAGGAAAAAAGUCCAGAAGUUUCUCUCCUCCAUUUGUUAAAAGACUCCUCAUAGGACCUUUAGGACUUUACCUCAAACCUAAGGAUACCCAAUUGGACAGAAGCCAAAAGGUCCCGCUUAAGCAAUUCACUAGAAAAAGAAGAGAGCAAAGGAAGUAAUCAGUUUUGUGGGGUGUUUUUACCAGGAGGAAGAGCCUCUUGGCUCUGGCUCAGUUUUUCUCUGUUAAGAGCUUUGUUAUUUUGCCUUUUAUUAAAACCUUUCUGUUUCCAACACUACCGCAGAAGCCAUCCUGCUGAUUUUGUGCCAUCUGAGGUAGCUGGGCUAUCUUGGGUGUGAUGUUUCUCUGACAGCUCAUAAGACCUGGCUCGAGGAGAUGUUAUAUCAUUAGAGCUCCUCUUUUUACCAUGUACCUUUGCAGGAUCAAAUGCAGCUUGGUCUUGUGCUCAUUUGUGAGAAAUGAUAGUCUAAAAUGGAAGCAAGUGGAGUAUUUGGGUGGACCAGGCAAUUAAUGCCCAAAACAAAACCAGUCAAAGAAAAAAACCAAAAAAACCCCAAAUCCUGUCAGUGUAAGUAAUGUUUUUGCUUGUUAUAUUUUUAAAUGUAUUUAUUAUCUGAUAGCUGUGCAAACAACAUAGAAAAGAUGUAUCAUCAUCUUGGACAAGCCUGUGAACACUGUCUUCCUCCAGAGCACAAAUUUCCUCUAUUGUUUACCAUUUAAUAUAUUUGACCUUAACCAAGGAGCCUUGUUCUUUUAAUUGACUGGAUGACUUAAUCUCCAAAUUAAGUAUGAUAUAGCUAAUAAGUGCAGGGAAGACCUACGUUCUAGGGAGACUUGCUUUUUAAUUUGGUGCUGAACAAAAAUAGCUGCAGCUUCUAAUUCUUGAAGAUAUCACUGUUUAACAGCUGUGUGGAUAGAAAACCAGAUAUAUUUUAAAAUUUUCUCCUUUAGUGAAACUUUGGCAGUGUGCUCAUUUUUAUAAUGAUCUUUCCCUGUAACAUCCCUGCAAAACUGAUUGGUGUAGCUCAAAUCCUUUAUUCCCUUGGCUCAAAAUGUCUUUUUCUACUGUUGUCUUACAUUUGGGAACGUUUAAAUAUCUGACUUUUCCUGUCUAACUGGCUGUUCAAGGUGCAUGGCUGAGCGUUAGAAGAGAUAUGCAAGGGGGGCCAUCUGGUGACGUCCAGUCAGUGGCAGCAAAGUGGUGUAUCUCAAAUCCUUUAUUCCCUUGGCUCCAAAUGUCUUUUUCUACUGUUGUCUUACAUUUGGGAACGUUUAAAUAUCUGACUUUUCCUGUCUAACUAGCUGUUCAAGGUGCAUGGCUGAGCGUUAGAAGAGAUAUGCAACGGGGGCCAUCUGGUGGCGUCCAGUCAGCGGCAGCAAAGUGCUUCGCACAGCCUGCUCUCCUAUUUCCAGGAAACCACGGAAACGUAGAAAUAACGUUGCAUACUCCGAACACUGCGUUUUCGAACACUGAUUGUGGUUUACUACCCGCAAAACUUGUGCUUGCUUGACGUUUCAGCAGCCUUUGCUGUGUGGGGUUUCUCCAGGCCAUCUCUUCCCUGUCACAAACCAAAAUCAAAACCAAAUUCUGUCCUUUAUUUCAUUCAAAAUCAGGUAGGGGUCUAACCCCUGAGCUUUUUUUUUUUUUUUUUUUUUUUUUUUUUUUUUUUUUUUUUUUUUAAUUUUAACACUCUGUAGAGCGGGAUGUUCCUUCAGUACUUUGAUGCUGUUUGAUCUUGAUCUGGGGCUAGGGAUACUUUCAGAAUAAGUUUUCAGGAUAAUGAAGAUGUUCAGAACUUGUUUUCUACCAGCAUGCAUUUUCUUGAGCUGUAGUGAGAACUACAAACUGUAAGUGCCAAAUUUAAUAAUGCAGUGUUUCAUUCAAACACUUCCAUGUGCAGCUUGCCUUGAACAAAACCAAGAAAGGCAGCCCAGGCAGCUCCUCACUCUAAGGAACAAAUUUUGGUUACACAUGCAGUCUGAGGCCUGAUUUCAAGCAGACCAAUGGAGGUUGGUCACAUGUGUCACAGAUGAGACUUCUGGGGUUUAUGGCCUCUUUGUGGGAUUUGCUUUUGGAAAUGUUUCUUCUGAGGUGUUGUUCAGACUCUUCUGAGCAGGUUUCCCAGCUGUGGCACAGAUUGUGGAGAUGACCUGUGAGGAGUUCACAGGUUCAUUUGGUGUUUGAAAAUGAGACUUGGAAGUUAGAGGACAUCCAGCAUACAAAGGCCUUCCUGGUUCUUUGGUUUUUUAUUGUUUCUUUGCACAGACAGGCAGCACCUUAGCUCUGUAGCCAUUUCUCUUCUCCCCUCCUCUUCUAUUUAUUAUUCUAUUUAAGGAUGGCUCCUCAAUUAGUGUACCAGACUCCUCUGUGAGCAGACUUCAUUGUGAUCAAUUGUCAUCAAGGCUCAUGUUUAGUACAUCCAAUCAAUGCUAUUCUAUAUAAUAGUUGUGGUAAUGACUGAUUUCUAAUUUUACAGUAUGUUGAGCCCUGUUGAACUAAUUUAAUAUGAUAAUUGCUUUACUAAUCAGUAGCCAUGAUUUGUGUGCAGCUGUGGAUUAUUGAUAUCAGUUGAUAUCCCCUAGUAUUUCUAUUUGACAGUGUGAAACAUGUGUUUGAUGAAAGAUGUGUAAUAUCUAAACUGUGGCUAAUAAUCAGAGUAAUAUUUGGAAAAGUACUAUAUCCUUGCAUAUCAAACUUUUAAAAAGUAGGCUAUUAAAUAAUUUGAAAAUGCAUAUUUCUUUUUAUAAAGGAUAGUUACUAAUAGCUAUCUUUUAAGUUUAUACAGUAUAUUAUUAUAGUAAUAACUAUCCUUUAAGUUUAUCUGUUAAACAGCCUUUUUUGUAAGCAUUCACAAGUUCAUACAUUAAAUACUGCAUUUAUCGAUUAUAUAAUAGAUGUUUUUUUCCUAAAAUGCUCAUCGUAUGUGGCUAUGGACAGCCUCCUUUUCUCAUAUAAUUUAUGACUUUUAACAAGAUGUAUGUACAUGCAUUGAAUAAAAUAAUAAUUGAAAUUUGUUACACUUCAAAUAA